CUCGCGGUGGUAUCACGAAAACAUUGUCGUGUUUAGUUUGGAGAGAAAUGCAUCUUGGAUUGUGGACACGCAAGGAAUCAAAGUUUUGUUCAUUGCCCUGUCCCCUAAGAAUGAGGAACCGAGAGAGCUCUACCUCACCAGAACCGGCUAUAGAUAUCUGUAUUCAUUUUCCGUUGCCACCCUUCGCAACGGAAUUGCAAAUCCGGAGCUAACUGGAAAAUGGACUGCAGAAAAUUCGAAUAGAAUGCUGAUGGACAACCACGGGAACUCGUAUGCUGCCUUUCUGUUUAAGAGUUACGCUUCCUUAUUGAACACUUCUCAGUCAUUUGUGCAGCAGCGUUUUCAUGAGGAGCCUGCACUGAAUGAAUCAUUUGGAAGAUGGCCGUUUACUUUUGUAUUGGAUCAGAAUGGAACCAUUUGGAUGGUGGUUGUUGAUGAAAUACAGCCAAAAUACACGCUCUUGAAGGCUGCAGUCAGUGCAGAUUCGUACAUCGUCGAGGAAUCGCGAAGACGAUCCCACUCGCAUAUUCGUAUUCCGACCAGAACAAAAUCUGACCAAAAGUUUAUCAUUAUCAUGACGACCUACUGCACCGUCGUCAUGUUGGGUUUCAUGAUUUUUCUGCUACUUAAAGUGAAGAGAGAAAACACCCCUUUGCAAAACACCAGCGAAGCCCAGAAAACGUCCAUUUUCCGUGACAACGGCGCCAUUGAAGGGCAGUACAGGGUGGUCGAUGACGUCCAGGCCAUUGCCACGCCCCCUUCUGCUAUACUUCUCAUCAUCAGCCCGCGAUCGGCAGGAAGAAGGAAAGCGACGCCGAGAACUUCCAAGAAACCUGGAGAGGCUUCUCGUGAUACAGUUGAGAAUAACAACGACAGCGGCCCUGGUCAACAGGAACCUCUGUGCGAAUACGUUGCACCGGCACCUUCCAGGUCACCAGGUGGCGAAGACGCUACUACUUCCGAGUCUCUGCAAUGUCUGAAAAUCUUGCCGUGAAUGAGCACCAUGUAUUCGG